AUGGCUGAUUGGAGGAGAAGUAACAAAAGGAUCAGCAAUCAUCAUCAAGUGGGUCAGAGGAGAUCCUCCUCAUCCUAUGGAAAACCACCAUUGGCCAAAAGGUUUGCAUCAGUGCCUUGGUGGGAGAAGAAGUUUUGUGCUACGGUUGGCUCAGUUUCGUGGAAGAAGGUAAUAGAAGGCAAGAGGUUUAUGUUUCUGCAUCCAACAGUGAUCAACUGGGACGACUCUGCUGUCAAAGAGGCAUUCGACAAUGCUAAGAACAGGUUUUGGGCUGAUAUCAACGGCUUUCCCUGCGACAUACCAUUGCCUGAUCCUAACAUUCACAUCGACGAUGUGGAUUCAACCGCAAGUGUCGACCCUCAACUUUAUCUUGAUGUGGAAAGUGAAGCAGAGGCCAGUGACAACAUGGAAGAAAAACGCGACGUGACUCUAAUUAUCGAUAAUUCUCUCCUAGUGAAGAAGUCCUUUGCCGAUCUUGGAAUCGUACCUACUGGAUGGGGGGACGAAGAGGAAAAAGAUGAGGUAAGAAAACCUUCUGAACCAAAUUAUGCUUCUCAAGGAUGGGAAUUGAACCAACAUGAAAAUGAUGAAACAAACUCCUGGGAACGUUAUUGGGCUUCUGUUGAUAAACGUGCAAAAGAAUAUGGAUGGAAAAAUGGGCAGAAUAAUUCUCAAAGGCGGAUUCAGAGGGAGCGCUUUGGUGGCAACUUGCAUAACAAGUAUCAAGGAAGAAAUGGUGGGAGUGGGAAUUGGGGAACAUGGGAUGGAUAUAACAGAAGGAGAGACAACAUGUCAUGGUCUAAGAACCCUGGAUAUCAUCAUGGCACUAGUGACUAUCAGAUGAAUAGAGGAAGAGGAAGAGGUGGAGGAAGGAGGGGAAAUUUUGCUUAUGCAGACAAGGUAACUACUCCUAGUGCAUGGUAA